AUUCCUCCUGAUCCCCCAUCACUUCUUCUCGACACCGAGAAAGCCUCUCCAAGCCAAUCUCCCGACCUCGCAACCUACCCCGAAGGAGGCACUCAAGCCUGGCUAGUCGUUCUCGGCGCCUGGUGUGGUCUGACUGCUUCAAUCGGUAUCUACAAUACGACCGGUGUCUUCAGCGUCAUACUCUCAUCUUCUGUCCUUCCCACGACAUCAGCAUCAUCUCUCGGCUGGAUCUUCUCCAUCUAUGCUUUUGUAGUGUGGAGUGUUGGUGUCUGGGUUGGACCUUGCUUCGAUGUCUUUGGGCCUAGGCUGUUGAUGCUUGCGGGAACCUGUUGUACUGUGCUAGGAAUGAUGUUUUUGAGUUUUUGUACUGAGUACUAUCAGAUCUUCCUGGCCUUCUCGCUUCUUACGGGUCUGGGAUCAAGUUUAUUGCUCACACCUUCCAUGGCUUGCGUAGCUCAUUGGUUCAACACGCGUCGCGGACUCGCCAGCGGUAUCGCAUGGACAGGCAGUGGCUUCGGUGGUAUCCUCUUCCCACUAGUCAUUCAAGCCCUCCUCCCAAGACUAGGAUGGAGCUGGUGCAUCAGGAUCGUGGCUUUUGUACUCCUCGCCCUCUGUAUCAUCAGUAUCUGCUUUUGUCGCAGCAGAAUCCCUGCAACCACACCGAAAGAUGGAUCAUCGCCUUGGCGAGCUACACUUCCCGAUUACCAUAUCUUCUUCGAUGGAACAGGAGCAAUGGCUGUAACGACCGCGGGAACAUUGUUUACGGAUCUGGCGUACUACAUCCCCAUUACCUACCUUCCCGCCUACUACCUCUCUCGCCAACACAUCUCUGCCGAUGCUGGUGUCACGGGCUCCGCAGCGUUUGGAUACCAGCUCCUGGCUAUCCUCAAUGCAGCAUCAUGUUUCGGCCGUUUGACUUCUGGCACUCUUGGCGAUCGAUUCGGUCAUUACAACACCAUGAUUGUAUCGCUAUUCUUCUGCGCAGUGUCCGUACUCGCAUUCUGGAUUCCUGAUAUCGUCAUCCAAGACUUGUCAUCACCAGCUCUACUCAUUGCAUUUGUGAUCCUGUUUGGCUUUGUAAGUGGCUCUAAUGUCUCGCUGACGCCCAUCUGUCUGGGACAGUUGUGUGAAAUCGGUGACUAUGGACGUUAUUAUGCUAGUUGCUAUACGGUUGUGGCAUUUGGCGUGUUGAUUAGUCUUCCCGCUGCUGGCGGUAUCUUGGAUGCGGUGGAUGUGGAAGGCAAAAGAAGAUAUUGGGGUGUUGCUGUGUUUACUGGUCUGAGUUAUGUUGCCGCUUUGAUAUGCUUUGUUUGGGUCAGGAUCAGAGUCAAGGGAUGGGGAUGGAAGACGAAAUGG